UGGAGCCAGGAGUGAGGAAACAGAGAGGGGUCCACGAUCUUGAUACAGUGAAGACUCUGAGCACAAAAAUCGAGGCCUGAACGCACUUCAAAACAAACAAACAAACAUUUUCUUUCAAGAUCGUGGUCUUGGAAGCAUGGACAAUUCAUCGACACACCAGAAUGUACCUCCAAUCUCCAUGUCUCCACCACCUGAAAAUCCGGCAGUUCUCCGCCACGUGGAACGCAUGAUCAACUACAACCACUUCAAAUCUCCUUCCAGAACAAUCUACUCCGACAGGUUCAUUCCCAGUAGAUCUGCCUCAAAAUUCGCUCUCUUCGAUAUUUCCACUCCCGCCGGUGGUUCUCCGGCCGAGGAGAGUUCAAGCGCCUACGCCACACUCUUGCGCACCGCCUUGUUCGGACCCGAUGUCGCCGGAGUCGCGACUCCGCUUACGCCGGAGAAGAAGGACUCGCCAGCGAUGACUCUUCCGAACCGGAAUAUUUUUCGGUACAAGAUGGAGACUCGGCAGUCUAUGCACUCGCUUUUGCCGUUUAUGUGCGACGAUGCGUUGCCUGGCGUCAAUCACAGCCCGGUCAAGGCUCCGAGGAAGGUUCCUCGAUCGCCUUAUAAGGUUCUGGAUGCACCUGCAUUGCAGGACGAUUUUUAUCUGAAUCUUGUGGAUUGGUCUUCGCACAAUGUGUUGGCUGUUGGACUGGGCAACUGUGUUUAUUUGUGGAAUGCUUGUAGCAGCAAGGUUACUAAAUUAUGUGACUUGGGGAUCGAAGACAGCGUUUGUUCAGUUGGCUGGGCUCAACGUGGUACACACCUUGCAGUUGGAACUCGCAAUGGUAAAGUUCAGAUUUGGGAUGCAUCUCGAUGCAAGAAGAUAAGAUCUAUGGAGGGUCAUCGUUUACGUGUAGGGGCCUUGGCCUGGAGUUCAUCUCUUUUGUCUUCUGGCGGUCGGGAUAAGAAUAUUUAUCAACGAGAUAUACGUGCACAGGAAGAUUUUGUCAGUAAACUGUCGGGGCACAAAUCAGAGGUGUGUGGACUGAAGUGGUCAUAUGAUAACCGUGAGUUAGCAUCAGGAGGAAAUGACAACAGAUUGUUCGUUUGGAAUCAACACUCAACCCAGCCUGUCCUGAAGUACUGUGAGCAUACAGCAGCUGUUAAAGCUAUUGCAUGGUCUCCUCAUCUUCAUGGACUUCUUGCAUCGGGAGGAGGAACCGCAGACCGAUGCAUUCGUUUCUGGAAUACAACCACAAACUCGCACUUAAGCUGUAUGGACACUGGAAGUCAGGUUUGCAAUCUUGUCUGGUCCAAAAAUGUCAAUGAGCUGGUAAGCACACAUGGCUACUCCCAGAACCAGAUAAUUGUUUGGAGAUACCCAACCAUGUCAAAGUUGGCCACUCUUACGGGCCAUACCUAUAGGGUUCUUUAUCUUGCCAUCUCUCCAGAUGGACAGACUAUUGUAACUGGAGCUGGAGAUGAAACGCUAAGGUUCUGGAAUGUAUUCCCUUCCCCCAAAUCACAGAAUACUGACAGUCAAAUCGGAGCUUCAUCCCUUGGAAGAACAAUUAUUAGGUGAUUGAUUGGCAUUUCACUUCAAUCACGUGGCAUAUUUCAAAUUUUAGGUUGUUGUGCAGAAAGAAAUUUCAGAAGAGGGAACAACAUGAUGGUAAAACUUUAUAUGUGAAAUUCACCAUCACUGUGAUAUGCUUUACCAAUUGGAGAGCCUUGCAGGGAGCUAUAAAAGUUAUAAUAUGGCUGCCUAUGAUAGACACACAUGGGAUUCAUUUUAUUCUGUCUUAGAUUUCUAAAUGUAUUGAUGGAGUUGUACCCCCCCCCCCCCCCCCCCCCCCCGCGCGCGCCUCCUUUCUCUUUUUUGGUUCUUUUCAAUGUUGCUCUCCUGCAUUAUAUAUUUAAGAUGAGACCACAGAGAAAACACCAUUAGCAAGCUUGAAACAGCCGUUGUAUAUAACUAUUCUUUUUAGGAGUGGUGUCAUAUCUUUUUAUUUCCCCUUAGCGCUGUUACUUUUGAUUGUUUAUAGAAGUUACUUGGAAAUCAUGGUGUGAAUUCUA